UAUAUUCUAAAUCGUACAAAUAUCAGUGUAUUUAAACGCAGAGAGUUUGUAUGCAUCUUGCAUUAUGAGUUAUUGAUUUUGAUUUGCGUUUCGAGCUGCGAGCCAAGGGGCGUUGUAAGAUAUAGAGUGCGCAGUACGAGAUAACAAAGAACGAUCGCGUGAACUGUUAAUACAAGUUAAUCUGCAGAGGAUAAUUGUACUAUGGCGGGAACAUUGAGCCACUUAAAUGGCCUCAGGUCUAGUCAUAUUCUACAGCAAAACGGAGUUUGGGACCCACAAUUCGUAAGAAAUGUGAUUAUGCGGUCAUUACAAAAACUGAGUCCAAGAAAUAGAGUGGCUUGUCGAUUUGACACAUUGAUGGAGUUCAUUGUGAACAUCUCUCAGCACAGUGAAAAUUGGCUGACAAUAGUCACCUGUCUGAUGGGGCACAUGCCUGUUGAUUCUAACACCACUGCCGCAAUCUUAAUUAUUAUGCGCGCCAUACAUGCCCCAGAUGUGGCUACAGUCACAAAUCUCCUGACUAACCGAUUCAAUUUGGGCCAGCGACGCGCUUUGGCGCCCAUACUGGACAUUGAGAUAGAGAAGAACAUCUGCAUUGUUCUCAACUGCUUAGCGGAGAAAUUCGUGGGCAAUCAAAGUACUCUAGUAUUCACUCAUGAUGUUUGCAGCUACUUGUGCAACAUCUUUGUAAACGAUAGAUUUCAUAAUGACGCAGAAUUACAAAAGAUAGUUUUACUGACUCUUGAAAAAUUCUCCGCCAUCGCAGAGAACAAGAAAAAGGUAUUAGACAAACUUGCAGAACUAAAUGUCAAUCAUUUACCUAAUUUGGAGAAGUUCUAUACUGAUACUUCUGCUGAUGAUGGAAUUUGGCGCGAAAUUAGAUAUUGCGCUCGGUGGACCCUUGAUAACAUCUUCCCAAUAAAUGGAAGACACCUAUCAUAUGAAACGGUGGAUACAUCAAGAACAAAUGCUAUGUUUAAUAAUAAUGAACCAAGCCAGUUUCUGAAGUACUCGCCUGACCUUAUGGAAAUUAGGAAUGAUACAAUACAGACUCAAACAUUAUAUGGGACUUGCCAUGUUAAAGAUGGAAAAUGGUAUUAUGAGAUCAGCUUGAUUACCAAUGGCUCCUUUGUUAUUGGCUGGGCAAUCACCGGCGCCGACAUGACUGCAUCAGUCGGAUUUGAGGAAUUUUCAGUGGGCUACGAAGGCAGCAAGAAACUAAUGUGGUAUUUUAAAAAUGCCUAUGUUGUUGGCCUGGGUGUCUGGAAGAGGGGCGAUGUCUUAGGUUGCCUUCUCGACAUUACUAACAAGACGAUCACUUUCUUCCUGAACGGGAAAGAAUCCAUCGUCACUUCUGAUGAUUUUUUUGCUCCUACUGAGGAAACAAAAAAAUUCUUCCCUGCGAUAACUAUCGCUCCAUUUCAACAGUGUGUCGUGAACUUGGGCAAUAGGCCGUUCCGCAAUCCGCCUGCGGGAGUAAGAUUCUCAACUUUCAACGCUGUUGGAGAACUCAGUGUUGUCCAAAAGAGGAAGUUCGGAAUACCUCGCCGAGUGCUGCAACAAGAAGGGAUGUACAAUGAGAUUGAUGACACGUGUUCCGUUUGCUACGACCGCGCCGCUAACGUCACACUGCUGCCCUGCCAACAUCGAAUCCUUUGCCGUGCAUGCUCAAUAAGGAUCUGGGUUUGCCCCAUCUGCAGGUCCGCCAUCAACGAACGGGUUUAAAUUCUAUUCUAUUAAUUUUUUUUGCCACAUUUAUAUUGAUUAUAUUACUAUACCACUAUGUUAUAUAUAUGAUUUGUUUAUUUGAUAGUGGAAGGCUAAGAUUUCCCUUUACUCAGUGAAGAUUGGUUCUAAAAAUUAUGUUAAAUGCAAACUGAAUGCUUUGUUUAUGAGUGUUUGAGUUGUAUCCUGAUGUAUGUUAUCGUAGUUUAAAAUCAAAAAAUCUAAGAAUAAUGUAAAAAAAAAAUCUUUUCAAUUUCGCCUGGUGGCGUUAUCUAAAACUAGUUAUAAAACUUAAGUACAUUUUAGCCAUUUAGUGCCAUACCAUAUACUUAAAGAUAUUUUAUUAUUAUUGUAUUAUUUAGGGGUAAGCAUCGAGCCCCUCAGUGUAUAUUGUUUAUAAUUUUUUAUUACUUAUUAUUUCUAAAAACUUAAUGUUACUUAAGUUGCCUUUAUGAUUUAAAUCUAAGACUGAUAAUGCUUAUUAUUAAAUAGUUAUUUUUUAAUUGAUUGUAAUUAAAUUUUUCCAAUGCAUUAUUAAUUAUAUACAAUUACAUUUGUAAGGAAAGUACAUGUUCAUAAAACCAAUGGUUUUUCUGGUAAAUUCAUAAAAUAUUCUAUUAAUAUGGUAAAUGUAGUUGCAUGGUAUUUGAUCUAUACUUGAAUAAUAGCAGUAGUUUGAAACUAAUCUUCAUUUUACCAAAAAAAAAAACAUUUGUAAGGAAAAUACAUGUUCAUAAAACCAAUGGUUUAUCUGGUUCAUUAAUAAAAUAUUCUAUUAAUAUGGUAAAUGUAGUUGCAAAAUAUUUGAUCUAUACUUGGAUAAUAACAAUAUAAUAGUUUGAAACAAAUCUUCAUUAUCUCUUAAUGUAAGUAGUGUAUCAAUAGUCAUUUUUCUGAUUACCUUUUAGAGUCGCCAAAUUGUUAGUUUUUAGUGAAUAAAUAUGCUUAUUGGAA